AUGAAAUCUGUAUUAGUUAUUUUAGUUUGUAUUUUGUUGGCAUCAGCUUUUGCUAUCCCAACCACCAUUGUUACCGAUGUAACCAAACCUUCAAUGUGUCCAGGCAUCAAGUCUAAAAUGAUGUGCGUCAUUGCUGGUCAAGUAUGUUUGGUAGGAGUAAAAAGAAAAAGAAAAAAAAAUAUUUGGGAGCAUGGAAAGUGUAUCGCUAAUCCAUUCACUUACGAACAACAAGUUGAAGAACCAACCACCCAAGAUGUUGAAGAGGACCUUAUUGGUAACAAUGACUGGGCUUGUAACACCUUGAACACACAAUUAAAGUGUGAUACUCUCGGAGUACUCGGCGGUCAUUGUUUCUGGUACGAUGACUGCGGGCUGCAGCGAGAUGUCCAUAAAUACCUUAGAGGUUGA